AGAGACCAGAGGAGCAGAGAGAGAGAGAGACUAGAGGAGCAGAGAGAGAGAGAGAGACCAGAGGAGCACAGAGAAAGACUAGAGGAGCAGAGAGAGAGAGAGACUAGAGGAGCAGAGAGAGACAAGAGG